AUGUUUAGACAGGUCAAGAGAAAGACAGCUGGUAGAAGAAAUUUUGAAGACAAACAAUCCUCAACCACAGCUGAGUAUACCCUACCGAAAUUAUAUUCAUCAAGGUUAUCCUUUUAUGAUUUACCACCAAAUCAAGAGAUCACAUUAGAAGAGUUUGAAAAAUGGGCUAUUGAUAGGUUGAAAAUUCUUAUUGAGAUUGAAUCAUGUGUUGCUAGAUCAUCUUCACAAAAGGAUGUUGAACUUACUUUAAAACCGCUUUUGCUAAAGUAUAUGCCUUUGAGUUCCAAUGGAGAUGAAAAAACAAUUAUACAAGAACGCAUGAAGGAUUAUUACAGUCAUUUUAUUCUCCGCUUGGUUUUUUGUCGUACUGAAGAAUUGAGGAAGAAAUUUAUCAAAAAUGAGACCAUCUUGUUUAGAAUUAGAUACAAUUCAAUGCAACCUAAAGAGCAACAGGAGUUUAUUGAAUUGAACCUGUACAAGUUGUCAUGGUCAUACAUCUCGAGAGAAGAGAAACUGGAACUAAUUGAUAAGUUUUUCGCUGCCAGUUGUUCAAUGUUGAAGCAACAUUAUGCAUCAGAUGGUGAGACAAGUUUGUCGAAUGAUCAGGUAAAGCAGUUGAUGAUUAACAAAGAAAACUUUAUAAAGUUGCCAUUCGAAAAACUUAGUCAAUUGGUAUCAACAAGAUCAGUUUAUUUGCAAGCAGGGCAUGCCUAUUUACCAACAAGUUUACAACUGAAUUUAUUAGUGGCUGAAUUUCAAGAGAAUUUAAAUGAUGUUUUAAUUAAAACUUUCCAAGCUAUUCCAAGACUAGAAGAAGAUGAUAGACUCUUACCCUUACUCAACCAUUUGUCACGUAACUUUUCCAAUUUUCAAUACGAGACUGAUUUCAAUAGUGAACUUGCAUCUGAUAUCAAUGCAUUAUCCAUCACAUCAAAACAGAUUAUGGCACAUUACCCACUUUGUGCCACUCAUUUACAACGUAAUUUAAUGGCUACAUCACAUUUAAAGUAUUUAGGACGUCAACAAUUGGGUGUUUUCUUGAAAGGUAUUGGAUUGAAUGUUGACGAAGCAAUCAAAUUUUGGACUCAACAAUUUACCAAAAAUGGAAACAUGACUCAAGAAACAUUCAAUAAAAACUACAAAUAUAACAUUCGACACCAAUAUGGUCUUGAAGGUGCUAGAAUCAACUAUAGACCAUGGGAUUGUGCCACUAUUUUAAGUAAACCCAAACCUGGUCCCAAGGAAUAUCAUGGAUGUCCAUACCGUGAUUAUUCUGAACCACAAUUACGAACCAGUCUUGAAGAGAUGGGAAUUAAGAAUCAACAAGAUAUGAACUCGAUAAUGGAUAAUGUCAAUAAUCAUGAUUAUACUAUUGCAUGUACUAAAGUAUUUGAAUUGACUCAUCAAAAGGAAAUUAUGAAUGCUGCUAAAGGUCAAGGCCAUUCAACACCUCAAUUAGAACAUAUCAAUCAUCCUAAUUUGUAUUUUGAUAGGAGUAGACAAUUGGAGAGGUCUGAAUUGAAAAAGGAUGAUGCAAAGGAAGAUUGA